AUGCUCUCUCCGUCCUACUUCUUGUCAGUGAUACUUGCAUAUGAGGAGAUUCUCAUCAGCGUCAUUACCACGCCAGACGCCAUGGUUCACUUGACCGCAGCCGUCGCGUCCCUCCUAGCAGGCAUAGCCUCUGCAGGGCCAGCGAUGACUGAUCAAUCUAAUAGAGGCAUACGAAACAUCAGCUCCAAGGUUGCUGCUGCCGGUACCAAUUUCUGGUACGCUGGCAUGGACCACGCCGGGAACGCGCGUGGCUAUGCUCCGGAUCUCGGGAACGAUUUCUCUUACGACAUCUUCAAGUCUGUAAAUGCUGGAGACGGAGGCGCCAUCCAAGACGCAAUUGACAGCAACAACGGCAAGCAACGACGAUCCAACUGGUGGGCUUCUCAGCCACGAGUUGUAUUUCUCCCCCCCGGAACAUACGAAGUUGGGUCGCAGAUUCAGAUGCGCGUCGGCACUGUACUCAUGGGAGACGCCACUAAUCCACCUACUAUCAAGGCGUCCAGAAAUUGGCGAGGAGAGCGAUCACUCGUCAAUGGCCUGGAUCCGCGAACUGAGGAGCUACCCCAUGAUGGCAAGCUCCACGGCGAGCUUUCAUUUACAGUUGCCUUGAAGAAUUUGAUUCUAGACACGACAGAAAUUGACGGAAGCUCAAACUUCAACGCUGUCAACUGGCGUGUCGCUCAAGGCGCACACAUGCAGAACAUCAAGAUUAUAAUGCCGACCUCUGGCCACGAUGGCGGCCACACUGGUAUCUUUGUCGGGCAGGGCUCCUCCCUCGGUGUAUCCGACGUCCGAGUUGAGCGCGGUUGGAACGGAAUCUGGCACCAGGCGCACCAGCAGAUGGCGUAUAAGAACAUUGAGUUCUUCCAGAACACCCGCGGCAUGCAGAUUAGUGGAGGCAACGUCGUGACCAUCACCAGCUCGACGUUUGACACCGUCUACCAGGCUGUUACGCAUGACGGCGGUUCUCCGUGGGUAGCCAUGGUUGAUUGCAAAUCCAUCAACUCUGGAGUCAGCUUCUCGACGACGCAGUAUCCGUCUCUCCUCAUUGACAACCUGGAGAGUGAUAACGACGGCACUGUCGUAGAGUGGCAUAACGAGCAAGUUCUUAGCAGCGCCCGGCACGUCGACCAGUUCACCUACGCCAACACGUACGGCCAGCGUCCUGUCUACGGCCCAAACAAGGACGGCUCCAGCAAGCGCCCGGCCGCUCUCGUGCGAGCUGACAAGUACCCGUCCAUCGUCGCGCCCAACUACGCCGACAAGACCACUUCCGACUUUGUCAACGUCAAGGAUCCCCGGCAGAAUGGCGGCCACAAGGUUCUCGGCGACCACACCAUUGACGAGUCUGCUGCCCUCAACCAGAUUCUCAAGGACGCCGCACAGCAGGGCAAGAUUGCAUAUUUCCCUUUUGGAAAGUACCGCGUCGAUUCCACACUCUUUGUCCCCCCCGGCUCUCGGAUCAUCGGAGAGGCCGGGAGCUUCUUCUCCGACGAAGCGAACCCCGAGCCCGUUGUGCAGGUCGGAAACGAGGGCGACGUGGGCGUCGCCCACAUCCAAGACAUGAGAAUCACGGUGGCCGACAGACUGCCCGGCGCCAUCCUCACGCAGGUCAACAUGGCUGGAAACGUUCCCGGAGACGUGGCCAUCUGGAACUCCAUGAUUACCGUUGGCGGCACCGCGGGCUCCGACGGCAUCAACAACCACUGCUACGACAGCAACAAUGAAUGCAAAGGCGCCCUUGUCGGCCUGCACCUCGGCAAGUCGUCGUCCGCCUACGUCGAGAACACCUGGGUAUGGGUGGCCGACCACAACUCCGAGGGAGGCGGCGGGUGUGCCAUCGCGGCCAAGGGCGGCGUCCUGGUCCAGGCCACAAGGGGCACAUGGCUGCACGCCCUGGGCAGCGAGCACUGGUGGCUGUACCAGCUCAACCUGUGGGAGGCCAGCAACGUCUUCGUCUCUAUGCUCCAGGCCGAGACUAACUACAAUCAGGGCUCCAACGCGCCGCAGGUCCCGCCUGCGCCGUGGAAAGCCGACGUCCAGGGGUGGAACGAUCCCGACUUCUCGUGGUGCGGCGGCGGCGACAAGAUUUGCCGCAAGGGCUACUCCAACUACAUUACCGGCGGCUCCGGCAUUCGUCAUUAUGCGAGUGCUGCGUGGGAUUUCUUCAGCGGACCCGGCUUUCAGGGCUGCGACGAUCCUUGGAGAUGCAGCAAUGUCAUGCAUUGGAUCUCGAGGCAGCCGUCUGAUGCCCAGAUGUUUGGCGUGUGCUCCAAGUCGGCGGCGAAUGUGCUGCGCGAGGCCAACGGGAACUUGAUUCCGGCUCGUCCUGAUUUUACUGGAGGCUGGCCUGGCCAGGGCUCGGACCUGGGUGUUUAUAGGAGUUGA